UGCUUUGGAGGAUCCAGACCCAGACACGCCGCCGCGCGCCUGCCCAGACAGCGGCCUGGAUGCCUGAGAUGAGCGCGGGACGGCGGUGGUACGCGCGAGAGCUUGGCCGGGCCACGUAGCGGGGCUGAGGACACCGGUGCGCAGAUCUUCAGCGCUGCGCCUCGCUCCAUGCACAUCCGCCGAUGUAGAGGGAGAGCGAGCGAAAGAAGUGCGCGUGCAACCCCGAAUCUGUGCAACUCUGAUUGCACGAACGCAGGAGGGAGGUCGCUCUCGACAGAAGGUUUGACCUCCCUAAUUCAACAAGGUGAUUGUGAAGACUAAUUACCAGUGAUAUUGAGAAGUCUGCGCUCUACUUGAUUCCCACAUCAAAGUACUGCAUUAUUUCACUGUAAUGCACUGUAAAUGGCUCUUCAAGCAGUACACAGAAAUCCUAACAGCAGUCCCAUGUCUGACAUUCAGCUCGUCUUUAUCUGCUCUGCAGUUUGAAAACACUGGCAUCCUGCUGGGCUGCAGCCUUCAGAGAAACUGACUCUUGGCAGCUGCCUGCGCCCCACAUACUAACUCAAGAGGAAAUUAGCUUCAAAUGUUCAGCAUCAAAGACACUGAGCCUUUGAGUUUGAUUCUUAAGCAUAUGGAACAAAACUGGGAACCGAUUGUAUGUCUUUCCAACUCCAUUUCCUACCUCGGACAGCAUGGAUGCUCUGUUUGAAUCAGGUUGACUGUCUGUCACCUCAUCCCCUCCUUCCUGUCUCUUCAGUAGAAGGAGGGUGGGGGAUUGGUGUGGCGUCCCCUGCCCCUCCUUGUAGAGUAGGCGAGUCUACCUAGGCACCAUAGCAGUUAAUCUUUUCCAUUGCCUUGUACUCGCACCAACUCCAUUCCCGCUCCCUCUUCAUGAAAUCCUGCAAGAGCCUCAAGGAAGAGGUUUCCAUCCCCAGCCUUGGCGGGAUGUCACAGGAGGAAGGACGGAGGGUGCCAGUGUCCCAGUCUUAUUUUCACUCCACCAACACAGAUCUGGACCUGACAGGCAAGCUUUAUAAGAGGGAGGUUGGUGGUAAGCCUUAUUCUGUGUUAGUGGACAAUAAAAUGGCAGCCAAGACAUCCAUGGGAGAUCAGAACAUUGGUCAGCUGCCCACUCAACAUGUGACUCCACAGCAACAUCAGCAGUAUUUCCGGGAGGGAGGAGCAGGGCAGGAGGUGGGGACGCAGGGGUCCCAGGCUGGCAACGACGGCACCUCUGAAGACUCUGAAGAUGAUGAGGAUGAUGAGGAAGAAGAGGGUGAGGAAGAGGAGGAGGAGGAGGAUGGGCAGGAGGAGGGCUUCAAGCGUGAGCAGAUCAUCGUCGAGGUUAACCUGAACAACCAAACACUUCAUGUGUCCAAGGGGGACAACAAAACUGGAACCACAGCUGAUGACUCUGAGAGAGCUGGCAGCGAUGAUGAAGACGAUGACGAUGAGGAGGAGGAGGAAGAGGAGGAGGAGGAGGACAGCCAUGAUGAAGAAGAAGAUGAGGAGGACGAGGAGGAAGAAGACGACGAGGAAGAUGAGAUUGAGAGUCGAAGAACAAGGUCAAAGAGGGCCCGUCGGGGUGCUAGUAGCACAGCAGCUCCCAGUCAGCCUCGGAGAAAAAGCUUGAGAACAGCUCUGAGCACUGCCACGGCUGGAAUGACCACCAGGGGCCGGCGGAAGUGCUUGGAGCCUCCAAAGAGCAAGCGCAGGUCAGUCAGAUCAGCUCAGUCGUCUGCCGGUUCCACAACGACGGGAGGGAAAGCAGAGGCGGAGGAGAAGGAGAUGCUGGCGUGUGAGAAGUGUCCCCGUGUGUUUAACACGCGCUGGUACUUGGAGAAGCACAUGAACGUCACACACAGGCGGAUGCAGAUUUGCGACAAGUGUGGCAAAAAGUUUGUCCUGGAGAGUGAGCUGGCCUUACACCAGCAGACUGACUGCGAGAAGAACAUCCAGUGCGUCUCCUGCAACAAGUCUUUUAAGAAGCUGUGGUCACUGCAUGAGCACAUUAAGAUUGUGCACGGCUAUGCAGAAAAGAAGUUCUCAUGUGAAAUCUGUGAGAAAAAGUUCUACACUAUGGCUCAUGUCCGUAAGCACAUGGUUGCUCACACUAAGGACAUGCCAUUUACCUGUGAGACAUGUGGGAAGUCGUUUAAACGCAGCAUGUCUUUAAAAGUUCACUCACUCCAGCAUUCUGGAGAGAAACCCUUCCGUUGUGAGAACUGUGACGAGCGGUUCCAGUACAAGUACCAGCUGCGCUCCCAUAUGAGCAUUCACAUCGGACACAAGCAGUUCAUGUGCCAAUGGUGUGGCAAAGACUUCAACAUGAAACAGUAUUUUGAUGAGCACAUGAAAACACACACAGGAGAGAAGCCUUUCAUCUGUGAGAUUUGUGGGAAGAGCUUCACCAGCCGGCCCAACAUGAAGCGCCACCGCCGCACCCACACCGGGGAGAAGCCCUAUCCCUGCGAGGUGUGUGGCCAGCGCUUCCGCUUCUCCAACAUGCUCAAAGCACACAAAGAGAAGUGUUUCCGGGUCACCAGCCCUGUGGUUCUGCAGACCAGCGGCCCACCUGUGCCUGUCCGAAUCUUUGCCAACACCUUCUCCUCCUCCUCAUCGUCUGGUCCCGGUCCCUCGGCUGCCACCCCAGCCACCACCUCAGCACCCUUGGGCCUGAGCCCAACAGGAGGGCCCAUGCCUCCCAGAGGCCCUGUGGGACACACAUUCUCCCACGUACAGCUUCACUCAACCCCCUCUCACCAUCAUCCCCACCCCGCGACGACCCAGCAACACCUCUCAAACGCACCCCAACACGCCCCUCCUCACCCCCACCACCACCUGGCUGUGCCCCCAGUCUCCCACCUGCCCCCACCCCCUGCCCUUUUCAAGAGUGAGCCCCUAAACCACUGUGGACACGAAGACAGCAGUUACCUUCACCACAUGGCUCCCCCUGAAAAGGGCCCCGGGGCCCCACAGCACCACUGAACUGUGCUCCAGCUCUGCAGGCCCACACCAAACUGCGCCUUGUUCCUCCUCUUCUUCUCAUUGUCCUGCCUCAGUCUCUCAGUUGCUGCCCCCCUGAUGUAAGGGUGGUCCUUUCAAACAGUCAAGCUAAACAAACACACAUUUGUGUGUGUGUGUGUAACUCAGACUGAUACACCUUCAGUACAUAUGUUAUUUGAGCAAGACCCCUACUUAAAUACCCUGGACAACUGACAAAGAUUUUACAACCUCUAGAAUUUUUUUGUCUUGAACAUUUUCGUAGGAAAUCUACACAAAAUGAUCAGUGUGAGUUCUCUAGCUGUACAUUGAUGGGUGUUAAGUAUCUCAUUUUCAUCAAAAGCUGCUGAUGGAAGUCAACAUCUGUAUUACCUGGGCUUCAUGGAUCAUCAACGAUCAGUGUCAUUGAACUUUCCUCCUCGUGUCAAGUUGACUCAUUGUUGCACAUCAGUCAGGACUUUUGUUUUCUGCGCAGGUCCUCCCCAUAGCAAUACUCAGCCUGUCCUAGUUGUACUGCAGAGCCUCAGCCCCGCAGAAAUAUUAAAUGAAUGUUGAGUCUUUCUCUGUCCCAAGACUGAGGCUUUACGUCAAAAUGGAAACAGCAGUAGUCUAAGAUGCAGUGCCAUAGGUAACAGUAGGAAUGCAGACAGGAACUUUUUGUAAAGGACAUUGGAAAUCAGGUUUUGUAAUUGGUUUCGAUGGAUCCAGACAUAGUCUAGAUUCAUAUCAUGGUUAAAUGGUGCUUUCCAUUCCAGUACAUAAUAUAUUUCUUAAUUUUGAUUUUCCAUUUGAUGUUCAGAAUAGCAAUGCAUUAUGUCAUACAGAACAGAUCUUUGAGGUUUGGUGAGAUAUUUUACGAUGAAGAACUCAAGUUAUGCAGGACAUGCCGUUGGCACACACACACACACACACACACAAACACCCUCACAUUUACUCAAGCACACGCACACAAGACCAUGUGAUCACUGAUUUACUCACUGUGAUCAGUGCAACCUCAGCUUUCAGUACUGUUGGUAAACAGAUGCUUUCAGAUAACAGACAACUGUCAAAUACUGCCACUGUGAGGGGUCACACACAUGGCCCCAUCAGGACCCCACCUUCCUUUCGCUGCUGUCUAAAUGAUACGGGUUACCAUGUUAAAGGUCAUUUGACACACACAGUAUACAAACACGCCUGGGACCUUUUUCAUCACAGUUCUUAACACGCAAUUAUGCAUAUUCCUCUCAGCCUGUAUUCCACGGUUUGGUGUGGGGCGUUCUUGUAAUGUAAAGGUCUGUUUUUUUGACUGCCAUCAUACUGACAUUUUUUGAUCAACACAGGCAAACGCGUGUCUAAACCUGUUGAAUGUUGCCUACGCAGAAAUGAUGGCUGACGAGUCAUUCAAAUGUUGAUGUUUUUAAAUGUUCUCUGAUAAUUUGCUCAGUUUUAAGCUAAUGAAUGGUUCUGCAGUGUAGAUAUACUGCUGUCAGCACAUGAUGGGAAAUGUCAGGAUGAAAGGCAGUGGUCAUACAGUUUCCAAUACUAUGAAUUCUUGUGUAUAGAUAAGCAUACAUGUGAGUGAGUCCGCGCUAGAAAUUACAUUUAUCAAUGUAAUAGCCGAUGGUGAGAAUGUUUGGCAUGAAUUUCGAUAGCCUUUCAACCCAGUCUGAGGGUUAUCAGAUGUGUGUGUUGGAGCAACUUUGGGGUUCGUGUGUGUGUGUGUGUGCGUAUGUGGGUGAGGGUGAGUGAGAGAGUGUAUGUGAGCAUGCUUUAGUUUCGUCCCCAGUGCUCUUGUACCAAAAGCUGCUUUAACACAGUGUGCCCCAACUUAUGUAUAUUUGGGGAUACCUGAGAUGGACAAUAGCAGUAAAUUUGACAUGAGCAGAAUUUAGUCUGAAGUGGUUAAGCUCAGUAGUUUAGUUUGCCCUGUUCUUUUUUUUAUUUUCUUUUUUUUUUAAUUUGGGACCUGCAAUUAUCCUGACAUUUCUGUGGGUCUUAAUAACGCUGCAUUAUUUGCUUAUCAUCCUGCCCUGUCGGGUUCACUGCUGUGCUUCAGCAUUUUGCAGUAUGGAUCUUUGUCUUGUGUCUUUUUUUUUUUUUUUUAAAGCCUUUUCAUUUGUGUGUAUUCUCUGCACUUUACUGCUGCGUGGGUGAGGCACAGGGAAGGGAGGGACUGACAAUGCAUUGUGGAACAGAGUGCAGUUACAGCUGCAUGGGUGAGGAUGGAGGUGAUUACUUUGAGUGGAUGUUUUUAGGCAAGGAAAGGAGGAGAAUCCCGGGUGGAGGCGGGUUUGGAAGGGACCAUAGCAAACACAGGACAUUUCUUUAGUGCAUAAAUUUAAUUUCCUUUUUUGUUUUUGUUUUUUCAAAGAAAUACACUUAUGCUCCAAAAUGGACCUCCCCCUCAAGGUGAAAGCGAUGCUCCCUCCUGCUUUGGCGACUUUCCGCUAGCCCCUCCAAGCUAUGUGUGAAAUACAUUCUUCUGUUCUGUCUCUUCAUGGAGUUUUUCUCUCUGUCAUGUCCUGUUCUGUCUUUCAGUUUGCUGAAUGAUUCUCCUCCUCCUUUCUUUGUUAUAUAGAAUGCACUUUCUACUAAAAAUUCUUGGCUAGUUAAGAAAAAUAACAUUGUAUGUUCUUUAAAGAUGUUUUAAAAAAAAUCAAUAUACUUUCCCCUUUGUAUUUUUAACCACUUAAUGUAGCAUUGCGUAUUUUAUUAUUGUAUCUGGUACAAAAUGUGCAGCUUUAUAAUGUCCUGGUUUGUCCUUUUUUUGUAUGUUAUCUGGAGAUUGGGGAGAAGUGAAAAAGUUGGGCCUUUUUUGAUAAUGUUCAUUUAACUGACUGCUAACUUUGAGAAGUAAAAACAAGUAGCCAUGAUUAUCACAUA